AAUGGAGAGAUCCCAGAUAUUGCCAUAUCAUUUUCGGGAAGCGAACCCAUCAGAGAAAUUACUUGUAAGAAAAACAAAAGGGAUCGAGAAGAGAAUUCUAAGUUUUAAAAAGGCGACAACUUUUUCUUUUGGGUUCAGAUUUUGAAAUUUGAUAUUUUUUUCUUCUUCUCCUUCCGGCCGAUCCAAUCUUAAUCGAAAGAUUGAAACUUGAAAGGUGGGUAGUGAGGGAAUGGCGCAACAAGGGCAAGGAAGCAUGGACCCUGAUGUUCUCGACGACAUCAUUAAGCGUUUACUUGAUUACGGAAACCCUAAAGCUGGGACGAAGCAAGCUAUGCUCAACGAGUCUGAGAUCCGACAGCUUUGCUCCGCCUCUAGAGAGAUAUUGCUUCAACAGCCCUGUCUUCUUGAGCUCGCCGCCCCUGUUAAGAUCUGCGGUGAUAUUCACGGCCAAUACUCAGAUUUAUUGAGGCUUUUCGAGUAUGGCAGUUUCCCUCCUGCAGCAAACUACUUAUUCUUAGGAGAUUACGUUGACCGCGGGAAGCAGAGUUUGGAGACUAUUUGUCUUAUGUUUGCCUACAAGAUCAAGUACCCCGAAAACUUUUUUCUCUUGAGAGGAAAUCAUGAGUGUGCCUCUAUUAACAGGAUCUAUGGAUUCUAUGACGAAUGUAAACGAAGAUUCAACGUGAAGCUCUGGAAAGUAUUUACAGACACUUUUAAUUGUCUCCCUGUGGCAGCUGUCAUAGACGAAAAGAUACUCUGUAUGCACGGUGGACUUUCUCCUGAUUUGACCAAUGUGGAACAGAUUAAGAACAUAGAGCGUCCAACUGAUGUGCCAGACUCUGGUUUGCUUUGUGACCUUCUUUGGUCUGAUCCUAGUAAGGACGUCAGCGGCUGGGGGAUGAAUGAUCGCGGUGUCUCCUACACUUUUGGCGCUGACAAAGUAGCUGAGUUUCUAAUAAAAAAUGAUAUGGAUUUAGUCUGUCGUGCCCACCAGGUUGUAGAGGAUGGGUAUGAGUUCUUUGCUGAUAGACAGCUUGUGACUUUGUUUUCUGCUCCAAACUAUUGUGGUGAAUUUGACAAUGCGGGCGCAUUGAUGAGUGUCGACGAAAGUUUAAUGUGCUCUUUCCAAAUUCUUAAGCCUGCGAUUAGGAGGCCACGGUUCUUUUAACGAGAAAGAGUUUCCAUCUGCAGUAUUGUAGUAAAAAUUAUCACAUCUCAUAUCCUUUUGAAGUCCUUCUUACGGAAAGAAAGGGAGGAGGAGAAAAGGCGACAAAGGAUGUUGGUGGCGGAUAAUUUUGAACCUCCAUGAGUAUUAAGUAUCCGUAGUUGCAAAGGCAACAGUAUAUAUAUAUCUACAUGGUUAUCAUCUCUGCCACUUCUUUUUAAAUGUUGUCUUGUUACCACAACCCAAUUUUUUCUUCUGUUUUCUUCUCCUUCUCUGUUCUUUCACAUGUCAGAGAUACAAAUCCUCUCAAGUGUGUAUAUAUACUUUAUAUGUAUAUAUCGGAAUCACACUGCAGGAGCGCUUCUGUUUAUAGA